UCCUCAAGAUAAUAAAAAGUUGUACAAGAAAAAUAAAAUUAUUAUUAUUAUUUUCAUUGGAAUAAUAUAAACAUAUAUCAACAUUUUUAAGCUUGAAUAUAAUUUUGGUUUUCCUUCUGAUAAAAUUUUCCAUAUCCACCCAAAAAAUCUUAGAGUAUACACAAUUACAAAAAAGAUGGACAAUGGAUCCUUUUUCUAUUGAACAAAAAUCACAGGAAUAAACAAUAUCCAAAUGAAAUCUCUCUAAUACACAUUUAGCUGGUUAUAUACCAUGUAAAACUUUUACUUUAUUAUUUAAACAAUAUUUUUCACAAAUAUUCCAAGCUUUAGUCCAGUUUAUAUUUCUAAACACAUUGUUCCACAAUUAACUUUUAUGAGUAGCCAUUUCAUCUAUUAUAAUAUUUCUAAUGUUUAUUGGUACAAUGGUGUUUAAGGAUAUCAGUAUCUCCUAUAAACAUGCUGUCUUUAACAUAUAUUGUCUCAGAAAUAUCACUUCCACAAGCUCUUACAAAAUGUGUAACCUGCUGAGGUAUGGCAUCAAACACAACAGUGUAUACACCAGAUGGCAUAUCUAAGGCUAAAGACACAUACAGAUCUUGAUAACCCUUCUGCUUUAGACAGUAAGACCCUUCCAUUCAGGGAUAAAUCUCUUUGAAGCCAUACAUUAAAUCUCCUUUUAAUUUUGUUAAUUAUAGGUCUGAAGUUAAGCACACUGCGUUCAUUGUCAAAUUUAUCUAUGAUAACUCCUAAAUAUGUAACCGUAUGCUUGAUGGGAAUACCAUUUAAUUCUGUUAAAUCACAUGUUUUAAGUGAAAACAGCACAGAUUUAUUACUAUUCAUUUUUAGACCUGAUACUGAAGAAAACUCUUUAAUACAACUAACCACCUUUAUUACUUCUAAGUCAUUUUUAAGAGAAAUAGUAGUAUCGUCUGCCAAUUGGCACAAUUUAAACACUCUUCCUAAUACGCUAAUACCUUCAAAUUCUGCUCUUUUUAUGUGUAGGGCCAUCAUUUGAGUAACUAAUAAAAACAAGAAUGGAGAUAAUGGGCUACCCUGCUGUAUACCUCGAUUAAUCUCAAAUCUACUAGUUGUAUCUGUUGUUAAUUUGACUGAACUAUUACAUCCAUUGUAAAUGGUUUUAAUAGCUUAUUGGAAGUAUUCUCCAAAACCAAAAUAUUCAAUACAUCUAAACAUAAACUUAUGACCCACGGUAUCAAAGGCUUUGUAAAAGUCUAUAAAUAAAAUGAAUGAAUCAUUUGGUAUGUAACAAUUGUAAUCAAUUAUACCUAAAAUUAACCUAAUAUUAUUACUAAUAUGUCUCCCAGUCAUAAACCCUGAUUGUUCUUCAUCAAUAAUUUCUUCCAGACCUUUCUUUAAUCUUCUUGCAAAAAUCAGAGCAAACAGCUUUGCAUCAUUAUUCAGAAGGGUAAUUGGUCUCCAGUUGUCAAUAUAAAAUGUAUCCUUAUUAGGCUUAGGAAUAAUUGUAAUAAGACCCUGUUUAAGAGUUGCAGGUAAUUCCCUGUAUGCUAUAGAUUCUUUGAACAUGGCUACUAAAAAAAGGAGAUAACUGAACAUUGAACAGCUUAUAGAAUUCACUUAUAAGCCCAUCGUUCCCUGGAGACUUAUUAUCUUUUAAUCCCAUAAUACAGUUUUGAACCUCUUCCAAUUUAAUAUCUUUGUCACAAAAUAAUUUAAAUUCUUCAUCUAUUUUCUUUGUUGUACUCAAAAAUAAAUCUGUUUCUAUGUCAUUAUAAGGAUCUGAAGUGUAAAGAUUUUUAUAAAACUGAGUGACAUAUUCAGCAAUUUCUUUAUUGUUUUCACAUACUCUGUUAUUAAUCAUGAGUUUACGUAUAGAUGAUAUUUCACAAUUCUGUUUUUCUAAAUUAAAAAAAAUAUUUCGUGUUCUUUUCCCCUUGUUUCAUCCACUUCUGUCUACUCCUUAUAAAGGCACCUCUAGCUUUAUCUUCAUAAAUUGUGUUUAAUUGUAACUGCAAGGAGGCCAAUUGUGUAAAUUCUUCAUUUGUUAAAAUUUGCUUACUGGAUAAUUUCACUAUCUCUUCAAUUAAUUUAUUUUCUUUCUUUUUAUUUUGGCAGAUUUUUUUCCCCAAACAUAUAGCUAUGCUCCUUAUUUCAAAUUUCAUUAAUUACCAAUUGUGACCAAAUUUAUUAAGGGUACAUGCCCGUUUCCAAUAUUUCCUUAUAAUUUCAACAGCUUUAUUUGUGAACCAUUCAUUCUCUAACAAGGUUUUAUUCAACUUCCAAUAGGCUUUUAUUGGACCAACUGGAUCUCCAACAUUAUAGCCUUAUGAUCAGUUAAUAUUGAAGUAUCAAUUUUAACUAAUUCAACAUUAUUUGCACUGUCUGCAGAAAUUAGCCAAAAAUCAAUACGAGAGUGUUUAGUCAAAUCAUUAUUACUCCAGGUAUAUAUUCUUUGGUGUGGGUAUAUAUAUCUCCAAAUAUCUAAAAGAUCCAUUCUUGCACAUAUGUGUUUUAAAUCACAUGUUUUUUCAUUGUUUCUUGGAGGCCAUCUGUCUAUUUCUUCAUCCAUAACAGUGUUAAAGUCCCCACCCCAAAUAAUUUUUGCACAAGGAAAUUUAGAACUCAUUUGGUUAAUUUUACUCUCAAUUGUUAAAAACAAAUUAUUAUUAUUCUGCUUAUUGUUAGUGGCAUAAACAUUCACUAUAAUAAAGUGAGAGAGAUCAAUACUAACAUGUAGAAUUAUCCAUCUACCUUCAGUAUCUGUUUGUUUACUGUUAACUUGUCCUUUGAAUUUUUCUUUUAAUAUAACUACCCCUGCAGAUCUGUUGCUACCGAACAUUACUUGUGUUUGAACAUCAUAUUUACGGGCAAAUUGGCGUAAUUUUUUUAGACAUUUCCAUUGAAGCAAAGAAUUGUGGGUUGUGAGUGCCCACGAACGAUACACCUCAUGCACCCUCCGGAUUCCCGUGAAAGAAGGUAGCAUUCGAAGGCUGCAUUUGAAGUGUCCUGCUCGCUUUUCUGAAACGAGACAGCCUCGAUGGCGUAUGCUGCCGACAAAUGCGACCUCCGGAGGACGCAUCCUUCCAAACGAGACACAGCCUAUUUUGUCCCCAUGUACAGAGAAAGAUGUGAAUGCAGACACCCUUUGGGUUUGGUGCUAUCCCUCCAUCAGUGCAGAUCUGCGAGAGGUUCUGAUGAGAAAAUGUUGCCUGACUUUGGUCAAUCAAGUGCUGCACACGUUUGUGUUUGGACAGUACUGCAGAAUCUGGUACUACAUCAGCACUGUAGAGGUUCAGGAACCCACUGCGCUUAAAAAGGUGACACAUUUUUCAAUAGUUGUCACAGCUAAGGACUUUAAUCCUGAAAAAUAUGCUGCAUUCAGUAGAGUUCUGUGCAGGACUUAUGUGAAACAUGGAAGUCCUGUGAAGAUGAUGGAAGGCUACAUUGCUGUUCUGACCAAAGGCAUAUGCCAGAGUGAUGAGAAUGGCUCCUUCCUCAUCAAAGAUUAUGACAUCAGGAAAGCUUACUUGGCUGGCUCCAUAAAAGAUGUUGUGUCUCAGUUUGGUAUGGAGACCAUUAUACUUUACACUGCACUAAUGCUGAAGAAAAGAGUGGUGGUAUAUCAUCCGCGGAUUGAGGCACUGCUGGAGUUUACAAGAGCACUUCCUGGCCUGGUAUGGCAUAGAAAAGACUGGUCCAUCCUCCACCCUUUUGUUCACCUGGAUGAUAAUGAACUGGAAAACCUCAAGAUCUGCACAGGGUAUGUUGCGGGGUUUGUGGAUCCAGAAGUCAGAGACCGAUCAGACCUGUUUGAUGUGUAUGUUAAUCUUCCAGACAGUGAGAUCACUAUAUCGCAAAAUGCCAAAGAGGCAAUGGCUAUGGGAAAACUCCAUAAAGAGAUCGGCCACUUCAUUGUCCAGGCUGCAGAUGACGCUGAUCGCACAGAUGCACAGGUCAUUAAGGAUAUUUCAUUAAAAACUAAGGAGAUCCUCAGUAACCUGAUGUCUCUUGCUGAUGAAGUAGAGAAUUCUAAAUUGACUUUGGAGACUCUGAAGCAACAGCACUACCCCCCAGCUACUGAAAACUUCCUCUUCCACUUAGCUGCAGCUGAGCAACUCCUGAAGAUCUGACCAAUCAGUGCAUCCCGUUCAUCACUGACAUGACUCAGUCAUCAUUCAGAGAGAAUAUUACCAUCAGUUUUGGAAUUUGAAAAAAAAUAAAUAAAACAAAAUAAUAAUAAUUUUUUAUAUAUAUUUAUAAACAUCAGUGUUUAGAAAACUCAUUUGCGGCUGUGACAGGGAUAUAAAGGUAUUUGGAAUAUGGCUAAACAUGACCCCUCGUGCAUUAUAUCAUUAAGAAAUGUGAUAAUGAAACAUUGGAUAUGACAUAUUUCUAAGUCAAACCUAUAGUACUUGGAUUUUGAGCCAAGGAACAUUUUUUACACUUCCUUUGCAAGCAUUUCUGAGUUUUUUGUAACCAUGUUUUUUCAUUAGCCUUUUUUGUUUGAACUCUUUGAUACGAUUUCUCAAAAGAAAGUCAGAUGGUUGCCUAAUUCAUCUAAAUGAAAGGCAUAUCUGUAAAGAAUAAUACCUUGAUGGUAUGGGAACUUGCACUUCAAGAAUAGCAGUAAUCCGAGUAACAGACCGAAAUGAGACAGAAAAGUACUGAAAGUAUUACUGAGUGACAAAACCCAUUUUUAAAGUUAUACUGUUAAUUAAUCUAUUGACUGCUCAUGUGAAAGUACUUUGUUCUUGAUUGUAUACUGAUUAUGUAUUGCUGGUUGUUAAUACAAAGGUCUAUACUAAUGAAAUGGAACUUGGUUCCCACAGUUUCAAUUUCUUACAAUGUGUGCAAUAUAUCUUGAAAAAACAGGAUGUUCAAGCUGUACUUCUCUAAUUUCUUAAUCACUGUCCUAAUCAUUUCAAUAGCAGAGAUAAAAAUGCUGUUUUCUCAGCUAUAUUUUGUUAAAUGUAUAUGUGAUUGCUAAUUAUACAAAAAAUGAUUACCGGUAAAUAUUAAUGGUAAUAGGAAUUUAAUUGACAUACACUCAGAAGCAGUGGGAAUAAUUUAUAAACGCAUUAGCAUUAUUUGGUGAAUUCCAUAUUCAAUGCAAUGCCCAGACCGUUUCAGCCUGAAAUGCAGCUAUUAAAUAAACAUCAAAACCUCAAAGCCUUACUUCUUUCUUUGGUCAAAGAGUAUUUCUUAUUUUGUAAGAGCUCAUAAACCCGUUUUAUGGUACAGGUGACCUGUGAGUAAAGAACGUAUGGUCUCAUCAAUCUUAAAAUGGUUCUAUUAACCACUAUCUUGAAAUGCAGUUGACUUAGCAUUCUGUAUUGCUUUCAUUGUCAUUUUGUGUGAGCAAAACCUGUCAAUAA